AUUUGGAUAUCACGGUCCUAUCCUCGGGAGGCUCAUCAAACUCUUAUGGCUGGUUCUUGUAGUGACCUCUUUUUCAUUCCUGAAAGCAACUUAUUUUUUUUUUGUAUUCCCAACCAAAAAAAAAACUUGCUUGUUCUAAGCAAAUCCACAAGAUUUGUCUGCUAGGAGUAAAGCUCGCAGAUUCUAGGAACGGACUUGCCCGAUUCUAGGAGCAAAGCUCUCUCACAUUCUAGGAACGAUAUUCGUCCCGAUUCUAGUAAGAUAUCAGAAAAUGCCUAUGCUAGUCAUAUACCAAGCUCAACGAGAUCAUUGCUCUUGUUGUAUUUCUUGAGUCCUUAGGCUGGUUGUAGUGACCUCUUUUUGUUCCUGAAAGAAGGAUAAUAUGCGACGCCACGACCACGACCACUUCAUCUAAAAUGAAACAGACGCAACGACAGUGUCACCUCCUAGUGGAACCACGUCGCUCCUCGUGUCAUCGUUCUCAAAGGAAGACAAGGAAGCAGGACAGAACAAGUUGGAAGAAGCACAGAAUCCGAAUUCUACUGACGAGGAUGAAGAAGAUGACGAUGAUGAUGCUUCUUCUAGAAAGGAUGAGGAGAAGGACGCUUCCAAGAAGGAUGGGGAGAAGGGUGCAAUUCUCGUAUUGGACCGCAUGAAGGCGUCAAGCGAAAAGGAACAAGAUGAAAAGAGAAUAUUUUAUGCUGAAGAGAAGACGAUCAUGUGUGAAGUAGGUAGUGGUCAAUAAGAACCUUGUGAUUUUGAUGAAUAGUGGGGAGAUGUCUUGCUGUGACCACUCUCGUUUUUUUUUUCGUCCUAGCAUGUAUGCCUCCUUUCCUCUAAGACAAGGCGCAGGAGGAUAGCAGCAGCCAGACGAGAGUAGGAACCAACAAGAAGAGCAAAUUUUCAGAAAAGAUGAGGAGUUCGCCCGUAACGAUUUCGGUAACAGGAAAAGCUGCAGUUGCCCCUGCCCAAGCAGCUGCCGCCAAUGCGGCGUGGCCACCAGCAGGGACGCCACCGAAUCUUGGAGCAACAUUAAGAAAGGUGAUCUAUGUAUAACUAGACCCCAACAUUAAAAAGAAAGGUGAUCAUGUAACCGGAGUGUAAAGUGUAAAGACCUCCUCUUAAAGUUUUCUUUUUUUGUGGCUUCUUGAGAGCACCAGUUUGAUCAAGGUUUGACCACCACACCAAAUCUUGGAGCAACAUUAAGAAAGUGUAGCUCUUCUUUCUGAGUAACGGACGCUGGUCGUUUUUCAUGCAUGUCUACUCUUCGCGAUCGACUUUCAUACCCCUCUUGCAUAGGAAGAUCAUUCCUAUCACAGAGCAAUUUAUAUAUAAGGUUUCACAGCUCGCAUGGCAUGGAGUGCAUGGAUCACAUGGAGUAGCAUGGAGCUAAAGGGGGAGCCUCUUGCGCCCUUAAAGCUCUGCGCUCCAUGCUACUCCAUGCCCUCCAUGCGCCAUGCGUACUGUAGUACCAGACGCAUCGAUCGAAAAAUAUCGUCCACAUCUUCGUCAUCCUCAUCGAUGAAGGGACUAACUAAGAAGAUACCAGAAGAACUCCACCACAUCUAAGCCCAAUCACGAACAAAGUGGCAGCAUCAGGCGUCCCUGUGGCCGUUGCGUCUGUGGUCAGCGUACCAGUUACCACGACCACGACCACAACCACCACAACAGAAUACGGCUACGGAUCGAUCGCGAAACUGGUCUUGCCAGCGGAAUACAAGUGGGUCAACCGCAUCCUGGACAAGCUGGAAGGCCUCUUGAGCCUCUAUAAGUUACGACUCUCUUUGUGGAACUGGUAAAUUUUCUAGAAGUCCUUCAGGUUUUAUGUAUUUCUCACGACUACUUAAACUUAGGUAAUACUAGUAGUUGUAGAGCAGGGUAUUUCCGACGGAAACCGAAACUGAAAGCGAAUACUUAGGUGGAGUGACAAAGAGGGUGGACGUGGAGGAAAUACAAACAGCUACUAAGUAUUCGCAAAACUGAAAUAAGCAAGUAACUGAUCAGAAUAACCGAGAUACUGAUGAGAAGGAAGAGUAGCCGCGUCAAAGCUAGCUACCUCCCUUAUUUCAUUCAGUAACUCGGUUAUUUUGAGUUUUCGAAUAUAUUAAUGCGUACUUAGAUGAAGUAGAACGACAACUAGCCACAUUAAUGAAUGGUUCUGGUAUUUGGUAACCUGAAUUUGAUCCUAAGGAAAAACAAGAAGAGAACCCUUAGGAUCAAACUCAGGUUACCAAAUACCAGAGCCAUACAAUUAAAUGCCGCAGUACACUUAAUAGAUCAUAGAUUCUUGUAGACUAAUCGUCCACAUCUUCGAAUCUAACUAAAGCAGAACGUGACGCCACAACGGCGACGCAGACGAGACUGAUGAGCGAUCAGCAGGCCCUCUUCGAGUCCGCGAUGAUGAAGACGAUGAAAUCACUUGCGAAAGUUAAGAAGAGAUAGAGAAUCUUUGUGAUACAAGUAAUAGUAACAAGGCAGGUUACCAAGAAAUACCUUCGGAACCAACAUUCAUGGUUUUUUAGAACUACUAGAAGUACUAUCUGUAUUGGCUUUUGUUAAGGUUAAUCUUUGUCUCUUAUUCAGCCACCGUCAACUAGCACUGGUUCCUUAACAAUGAAAUCGAUUCUAAUUUCCGAAAUGAAAUCGAUUCUAAUUUUUCUGGUGCGUAGGGAAAUCGAUUCUAAUUUCCGAUUCUCGGGUCCGGGGAGUGAAUCCUCAACGCAAGCAGCUGCCCCAAUCGACAUUAGGAUAGGAGCAAGCAGUAGUGCAAGUCCCUAGGACGAUUGAUGAAACAGCUGCAUUAGUUGUAGAUCGCUAUGGGAGAAGAUCAAGAUUUCUAAGAAAGACACGGGCAUUAACGUUAGUACUCCCACAAAAAAAUUUAGUUUCUGUUCUUCAAAGUGCUAAGAUGAAAGAAGGACGCAUGCAAUAAUUAAGUUAAAUGUCGCUUAGGCGUCAAAAGAUACCUCCAGAACAGGUAAAUGAAUGAAUGAAUUCAUUUUGAAUCAAUACCCGUUGAAUUCCUAUUCCAGUCGAACAACAUUUUGUAGAACGUAUUGAUUACUUAAGUAGUAGUUAGUAUACAGUCACUUUUAUUCCAUCUUUCACUUUCACUCAUUUAUUUCAAAGUUUACUGUUCACUUUCGAUAAUAAACAGCAAAGGUAAAAAGUCUCAAGUAAUCCCAAGUACAGCUACGUACAGGUUCGUAGUUGCUAAUAUGAAGUUUAUAUAUAAUUUCGGUAGAGGAUCUCGAGCUCGAUCUAAAAAGUACUAGAUGAACAAUAAGAACACAAUAAUAGAAAGAAGUACCGAUCGACUAACAGCAAGAAUGGUUCAAACUUCUAAUCGACUAAGAAUGGUAGCGUACCCUUCAAUGUUUCACAUCAGAGCUGGCAUCACACACGAUCUCAUGCUCAAUAACGAACUAGAACUAUUCUAGCGGACUAUGGUAUUAAGAUGAACAGCAGGUCGUGACCGAUUGGCGAGGACAUGUGUCCUUUGUCACCGAAAAAGGUCAUCUAAAAAAUAUGGUCCAUUGGUUUCUAACUGAUCAUCAUCAUCAACAAAUAGCUGUCCAUUACAUGAGUUGAUAAAUCAUGAAGAUCAAGAUACUUAGUUACAAUUACUACAUGUUGAUAUUGAACCAUAUUAAAGAUAGGCUGGACAAUGGCCAUCGACGUCCUGGCUGUGUAGUAACCUGCUCUUUCUGCAUUAUUAGGCGGGAAGUAUUGAUCUAGUGCAGCUGGAGCUGGUGAUGAUCCAAACAUCAAAAGUAUUUUCCUGUACAGAGUUGUAAAUUUCGCUCUCUCAUGAGCUAGCAUGGUCAUAUUGCUAAACAUAACAUUCAGAAGGUUUAUCGCUAUCGUGCUUGAUUAGAAAUGAUUUAUUGCUGCAUAACUGUUAUAACAAGGAUAAGAGAAUAAAUGUAGAUGUAGUGAAAAAUGUCAUGUUGGUCAUUCUAUCUAUUCACCUCUUCAUUCACAAUUGGUGUCCUCACCACAUCAUUCUAAGUUUCUCAUUUUCUUUCCGGGGUUAAGGUGA